AUGAACAUCUUCUUCUUCCUCUUCGCCGCCUUAUUAACCACUUUCCUUCAUCCUUCUCUCUCCGCCACCGCCACGUGUCCUCUCAACUUCACCCUCCUUACAAUCCUCAACGGCGCCGCCUCAACACCACCGUCUUCCUUCACUUUAACUCCAUGUCAAUUCGUUCACCAAGCCCUCCGCCUCGUCCAAUCCGACUACCUCCGCCGCACCGACUUCUUCCUCCCUCCCUUAAACUCCUCCGUUCCAUGCUGGAACUCUUUCCAAUCCUACAUCAACCAGUUCGCUCCGAGUUUCAACAUUCGUUCCUCUUGCGGCUUCCAAACUGAUUGGAUCUCACAAGGCUGCGUCAACGUCACUACAAAACAACAAUUUGAAUCAAUCGUUCCUCAAUCCGCAAUUCUCAACAUGCAAUCAAAUUGUAACCAGUCAAUUGAAGAUAAUUCUCCUUGUGCUCUUUGUACAACUAGUUUAUCUGGUUUGCCUCCUCUUGGUCAAUCCAUUGGUAAUCUAUCUGAUUGUACUGGUUAUCCUUCAAUCUACGCUGCUGCUUUUUCAAAUCAAUUUGGACCGUCGGAUCCUGGUACUGCUAAGUGUUUGUUUGCUCUUGAUUUCACCUCUGGAGGUUCCUCUGGUAAUAAGAAAAAGGUUGUUGUUAUUGUUGUUGUUUCAGUUGUUUCUGCUUUGGUUCUUUUGUUGAUAAUUAUAGGGGUUUGGGUUUAUUGGAAAUUUAAUGAUAAGGCAAUUGGGGAUGAUAAGGAUCAUGGUGCUAAUAUUGGUGAGGUGGGUUCGGUUUCUGGGUUGGAAACAAUGAAUCAUAGUACUACUUUAAUUAGAUUCAGUGUUGAGGAUAUUAAGAAGGCGACGAAGAAUUUUCAUAGAGAUAAUAUAAUUGGGAAAGGGGGUUAUGGAAAUGUGUAUAAAGGGCUAUUGUCUGAUGGAAGUGAAGUUGCUUUCAAGAGGUUUAAGAAUUGUUCUGCGGCUGGUGAUUCUAGUUUCACUCACGAGGUUCAAGUUAUUGCUAGUGUUAGGCAUGUGAAUCUUGUUGCUUUGAGAGGCUAUUGUAGUGCGACGACACGUUUAGAGGGUUAUCAGAGGAUUAUUGUUUGUGAUUUGAUGAAAAAUGGGAGUCUUCAUGAUCAUUUGUUUGGUUCUACUGGGGUGAAACUUACUUGGCCGGCUCGUCAGAAGAUUGCUCUUGGAACUGCUAGGGGAUUAGCUUAUUUGCAUUACGGAGCUCAACCUGCUAUCAUUCAUAGGGAUAUCAAAGCGAAUAAUAUACUUUUGGAUGAUAAGUUUGAAGCUAAGGUUGCUGAUUUUGGACUUGCAAAGUUUAAUCCGGAAGGAAUGACUCAUAUGAGUACAAGGGUGGCUGGAACUAUGGGAUAUGUUGCGCCCGAGUAUGCUUUGUAUGGACAAUUAACAGAGAGGAGUGAUGUGUUUAGUUUUGGCGUUGUGCUUCUUGAGCUAUUGAGUGGACGAAAGGCUCUUCAAACGAGCGAUGAUGGACAACCUGCUGCUUUGACUGAUUGGGCUUGGUCGUUGGUUAGAACGGGAAAGGCGUUGGAUGUUAUUGAAGAUGGGAUGCCAGAACAAGGUUCAAAUCAAGUUCUUGAGAAGUAUGUGUUGAUUGCUGUGCUUUGUUCUCAUCCACAGUUAUAUGCUAGGCCAACAAUGGAUCAGGUUGUUAAAAUGAUGGAGACUGAUGAUGAACUAGUUCCAUCGAUACCUGGACGGCCGAUUCCUCUUGUUGCUGCGAGGCUUGAUAUUGAGAGAUCUAUAAGCAGUAGUGGCGGCUCCGGUCAGCUAUCUAGUCCAACAGGUUAUCAAUCAUUCACUUUAGAGAUGGGAAGUGAACGCUAUUCUUCUAGUCAUUUAAGGGAAGAAAGAAGCUCUGCCUCUAGGAUUUUGAGUUCGGAUUUGGAUGAGUGA